AUGUACCAGGGCGUGACAACGACUAGCACUACCGUAAUUACCCUGUGGCAAAAGGGAGUCAUCCCUGGCAAUCUAUCCGACCUUAUAAAGUACUUUGUACGUCGGCAGUUGACGCCUUGCUUUUCGCCCAUCGCAUACCGCCCCCCCCACUUCCGUCUACCUCUGGUAUCUACUUCAAUCGUUCACGUCCGCAUCGCUUCCAACGUGGAGGCCGCCGUGUCCACACAAUUGCAACUGAUCACAUCAGGGGCCAACGUCAUUUUCGUACAUCCUUCUGUCGUACGGGACGGGUCUGCAGGCACCACCGAGCUGUCGUACGCCUUCCAGCUAACCUUUCCUCAACAGCCCAUCGAUCUUAUAAGGAGCAUUGCCUCCAGCGACCUGAGGCUGCUGAUUGAGCCCCAGAACCCUCUGUGGGCCUUUUACGUGCGCUACACGGUUCUGUUCCACAUGAGCCCCAGAGACACUCAGUUGGAUCGUUCGGACGCGAUCGCGUUAGCAGGCGGCGUCGGAAGCUGCUGCAACACGACGGCGCGGCAGUGGCCUUACGGGCGAGUGGUCAACACGUGCAACAGGCUUGCUCCCCCCGGGGACCCGAGCACCUUCAUCACCGGCUUCUGCAAUCGACCCGAGGUUCUCUGCUCCCCCUCCGGCCGUCUCCUCAAGCUGGUACUGGAGGAUCCCCUGCUCAACUGCUCUGCCGGCCUCAACCUCCGCUUCGAGGGGGACAUGGGCGGGCGUCUGGCAUCCCUGGCAAAUCUCGGAUCUCUGGCCUGGCUGGAUCUGUCGUACACGAAUCUUGGAUCCCCGCGACUGAUGCGGCCUGGCGGUCUGGCGGCCGUGCUGGCGCAGCCGCAGCUGAUGUGGGUCAUGCUGCCCGGGGUGCGCCUGACGGGACCGCUGGCGGCAAUAACAACAACAACAACAACAACAACAACUGCAGCGGGUGGUGGUGGUGGUGGUGGUGGUGGUGGUAGAACGGCGUGCGAUGUGCUGGCGCCGGCAGGUCGACGGGUGCUGGUGCUGUCUGAUAACCAGCUAACGGGCGAAGUACCGGACUGUUUGGCGACCCACGGGUCACUGGAGGAGCUGCGAUUGGACGGGAACAACCUCGCACAAAGCGCAGGUCUGCCAUCCGACUGGUCGGCCGCCGGCACCCUCCUGGACUUGGACAUCUCUUCCAACCCCUCCCUGGAGGGCCCUCUGGUGCGGCUGCCGCCCUCCCUGGCGCGACUGAACGCCUCCUGGACCGCGCUGGGGGGCCCCCUGCCCGCACCCCUACCCGCGUCCUUACUCGCGCUCGACCUGAAGUCGGCUCAACUGAGCGGCCCGCUGGAUGAUCCUGCCGUUUCUACUCCUGACUCCCUGCCCCCCGCGCUGCGUAUUCUGCUGCUAGACAACAACCUCUUGAGCGGCAGCCUGUCCCCCACCCUCCCCACCAACCUCAUAUACCUGAACUGCGCGGGCAAUCAGCUGUCCGGGCCGCUGCUGUCUGGGGCGGCGAUGUGGCCGGCCAGCAUCAUGUUGCUGGACCUGUCCAUUAACAGAUUCUCAGGCUCCCUCCCCGCCGCCCUGGCUCGCCUGCCGAACCUGACACUGCUCAACCUGUCAGGCAACCAGCUAACAGGCAGUGUGGAGCCCUUUCUGGACCAACUGUCAAUCAAUAAUACUCUACUGUAUCUGGACUUGAGUUUCAACUUGUUUUCCGGCACACUUCCCGCCUCUCUGGAUCGGCUGGCGGUGUUUGACUCGAACAAAUUCCGCACCAUAUCCCGACGACUGGAUAUCAGCUAUAACAGGUUCAAGGGUGUCGUACCUAGUGUCAUGUACGAGGAACUCUUCUACCUACCGUGCUUCGACGACAACAGCGGUGGCGGCGGGGCUGGGGACGGUAGUACGGGCAGAUUCGACGGAGCCGGCGACGACGCCGGCAGCUGUCGGUACAAUCUGGGUGACUGGCUGGCGAGAGAUGCGCCGGUGUCAUGUCGGUCGAUGCUUCCGGCUUCGCUCCGGAACCUAACUUGGGAGCAGCGUUUGACUGCUGACUUGGCGCUGACGUCAUCGCCGUACGGGUAUCAGGAAGGGGGAGUCGGUACUGUGACGGCGUCGUCAGGUGGUGUGUACGGCGGCUCCAUGGGAGAUGACGUGGCAAUUGUGGGGGGCUACUACACCAUCGGGGCGUCUAGUAUCCGGAGUGCUGGUCCUCUCUCGGCAGCCGAGAAGCAAUCGACACCAGCAGUUGUUGUAUUCAUUCCCUCCCCCCCUUCCCCCGGGGGGGGUCUGGUACGCUCUUGCCCUGGCAGCAGCUUCACUCGUUUGUGGUUCGUCUUUCCCCCGGGGGCCCUUUCCCCCUCACUUUGCUUGGCCUUAGUCCCCGGACGCGACCGCUGGCACAUCGCCACACUCGUCCUGGCGGCCCUCACGAGCUGCGCCGUGGUGCUGGUGGCUGCGUGGGUGGGACUGGCGUGGGCGUCACGAGCGCUGGCGACGAGGCGCAUGCGGCGGGAGGAAGUACGGCGGCGGGAGGAGCGCAUAUCCUGGCGCGUCCCCGGCGAGGCGCCGCGGGGAGGGGAGCCGCAGCGGCAGCAGCAGCAAGCAGAGCAAGAACAGGGGGGGCAGCAGCAGCAGCAGGACGGCGCCCUGGGGCCGGGUACUGGCGGCGGCAGUGGCGGUGGCGGCGGAGGCGGAGGCGGAGGCGACGACCGAGGCGAUAACACUGGCCACGUGGGCCUUAUGUUGGCAGUAGCCCCCGGCGACGACGCGGCCCUCGCGGUGGAGCUGGAUGGGGUCUUCGGGCAGCAGCCCCCGGCAGCGACAGUGGCAGCAGCGACAGCUCCAACAUCGGAGACGGCGCCGGUGGCAGUGGCGGCGGCUUCAACGGCGGCGCAGGAGCCCCGCACGGCAGCGGUACCGACGCCGGCGCACCCUCCAAGAGCCCCCUGUCCAGACGCCUCCAGAUCUCCUGAGGAGCGGCUGUGGCCGUUUUGA